AUGUAUUUACAUCCCCAAGAAAACCCACCACCCACAAUGACGCUAAACCUCACUCUCCAAUUCAGCGGAGGCAUGGAACUCCUCUUCUCCAAUCAAAAAGAGCUCGCCCUCCAAACCACACCCUCCGACCUGCUUGCCCACUACGCCAAAUCCAAUCCGUCAGAGUCAACUUCAACCUCGGAAGCAGAACUCCGCCAUCUCCUCCCUUACAUCCGCGACACGCUGCUGACCGAACGGGCCGAGCUGUUCAUGCAGGGUGAUACCGUACGACCGGGAAUCUUGGUGUUGAUAAAUGAUGCGGACUGGGAACUGGAGGGGGAGUUGGAUUAUGUCUUGAGAGACGGGGAUGUGAUUGUUUUCAUUUCGACGCUGCAUGGGGGGUGA